UUCGUUCUUGCAUUACAUGACUUUCACCCUCAACACCAGAAUGCAACUUCUCUUUCGUUCCGAGCUGGGCAGGUGAUUCGCGUCCUAAAUCGGGAUUCGAGGGAUGGUGAGAUCAACGGUCAGAGGGGAUGGUUCCCCAGCAAUUACGUC